AUGUCGCUUCACCUCGUGACCUUCUCUCGAGUACUGUGAAUGAGAAGCCUGACGGGGUUAGCGGCAUCCCCUUGCCGCUUGUGUAUUUGCUCACAGUCUGCCUCACGCGAACUGCUCCCUUCCUUCGUGACUGGAGCGACAUCGCCCUCCGCGCACCACGCCCGUCGUACCGUAGUCCCGUGGCCCGGUGAUCUACACGCACCUCUCCAGUACCGUGGGCUGCAUCUCCAUCUUUGCGUCCGCAUCAGCCGACACGCUCACAAGGCUACCCGCCUGUCCAACUCCCCUCGACUCGCGAUGUCCUGGCGCACGUCGGCUUAUCUGCCGAUCAAGUCCCCCACAUCGGAUCCUCGUCGUCGCCCCCACCCACGUCUCGCAACGGGAACACAUCGUCCGCCUACUCCAACACGUCCAACCCAUGGCUUGCGCUUGCUCGUUCCAGACUCGUGUUGCUGUUGGCUGUCAUCGGCUGCUCGCUGUUGGCACUCGUCUCGAUGAGGUCCAAAACCGUGCCGGCGGAGGUCCGCGAACCCCGUCGACCCGUCAACUCUUUCGAGGGACUCAACGAGGGGCUACUCAACUUGCUCGAGCCUGUCACGCUGCGCCAGUUUGUUCUUGAACCGACCACGAUCGAAUGGCGUGUCCCGUCUUCGCAGGAAGGACCCGUUUCGUGGUCCAAGGCGGAACUACUGCCGACGAGGGCUGCGAACCUCGCGGCUUACCACCGAGAUCUGGCAGACAAUCCCAACAUAUCACCCACUCUGAUCAAUGGCGAACCCGUUCCCCGUCAUAAAAUUCGAGUAUUUCCUCGCACGAUCCGGCUCGAUGACGAUGUAUCGUACCCCGAAGACGGUGAUUUGCUUUUCGGCAUGACGACCACGGUCAAGCGCGCCAUGAUGAUGUCGGAGCUAUGGACGAGGUGGCUUCUCGCGCCCGAUGCGCCUUCAACCGACUCAACUCGUGCUGCAUCGUCCUUGCGACCGGCGUGCAUGAUACUGCUGAGUAGCCAAGAGGACCCGGACGACAUUGAGGAUCUGAAAAGGAUGCUCAAGAGCAGAAGCCUGCCAUGUGGGGUUCGAACAAGCACGUACGAGAGGUACGAGGUCCGGGUCUUGGACAUGGUGCCGCAAUUCACUGCAUACGCCGUAGAGCUUGGGUCAGUCCUGUGAUGCUGCUCGAGGGACGGCGGCUUUUGACUGACAAUCCGCACCGUCGGCACCUGCAGACGCUCAUUCAAGUGGUUCAUUUUCAACGAUGAGUGAGUACAAAGGUGCCGAGGUGUUUUAAGAGCACCUGUGCAGAUAGGUCUGACGUGAGCUGUUUCAAUUCACAGUGAUACCUUUUGGUUGGACAUGCGAGCUCUUCGAAGGAUGUUGGCCAAGUACGACCCAUCUACCCCUUUGUUCGGUGAGGACUUGGCCCUUCCCUAGGAGUACAACCUUUGGCCAAGUACUGAAUAUGUUGGUGCUCUCGUGCCUCGAUGGUUCUGCAGUCGGUGCGACCUCAGAGUCGGUAAACCAAUUGCAGCAGUUUGGCCGGAUGGCGUUCGGUGGAGCGGGUGAGUUUGCUUGGCUUUUACUUCGCCAUCAAAGGCCAACGCAUUGAAAAGAUUGCAACUCACACCACGCGUGUUCGCAACGUACCGCUUGCAGGUAUGCUUGCUUCGGCCCCCCUUCUCCACAAGAUGAACAACAAUUGGGAUGAAUGCUACAAACAGUUCCGACAAAUCUUUGGAGGUGACGAGAUGCUUACCCGAUGUGCUGCAUUGGCCAAGGGUGCGACCAAGCAAACUGUCACCACCGAGGAAAAGGGUUUACAUCGUUCGUCGGCAUCUAAUUUCUCCUUUCCUCAGUGAAGCGCAUGUUUCGCUGACCUUUUGGUGCAUGGCCAAAUGAAACACUUAGAAUUUGAUGUGCCGGGUGACACAACUGGGAUGCUGCAGUCGGGGAUUCCGUUCCUCAACCUGCACCACUAUCUUGGUGGCUCCUGGGUCCACCUCUUUGGUUACGGGUCGUACCUUGAGGAUUUCGCUCAAAUCCGCCUCGUGAAUCAAGCCGCUGCGUUCCUUGGUGGGGACAACAUGUUCAAGCGCUACGUUUUCGGUGAUGGGCGAUGGCUGCUUGUACUGGGAUACAGCAUCACCAUCUUUGAAGAGAAGCUCAAGAAGGAUAUGCUGAGGGAAAUGGUACGUCACUGAUCCGAGGCAUUUCAAUCAGCCUCUGGUGUGCGCGAUUCUUACUCCGGACUUUUUCUUCUUACAGGAACAUACUUGGUACGAAGGGUACCGCUUGUCUUAUGAGGACCGUCCGUCAAUACCCGAGCGAAGAGGAGACGAAGGGAAACCUGCAAAGCAGACCUUUUACAUUGUGAGCCCCCCCCCUCGUCUUUUUUGCUUCCGUUGUGAAUAGAAAAGCAUGUUGACAUAUGUCGUUCUUGUACAGGAUGGUGUGGUGUGUACUCACUUUUCCUUCUUCUUUGCUCAUCUACCGUGUUGUCUGCGUGACUGACGCAUUCCAAUUUCCACUUUGCAACACCCGCAGAAAGUUCUCUCAUCAACUUCUGCUAUGUUCACCUAUGCUCAAGCCGAUGCUUGGUAUGAGCACAUGGCUUCUGAGGACAGAGUGCGGAUAGAAGUCCUAUGGGAUGGAGGUAUGGAUGACACUCAGGAAAGUCAUCGUCAUCCGCGGCUUUAUGUAAGGUAG